GUGCGCCUGUUUUCCGGGUUUACAGUCGCUCAGCAUGUAGAGGAGGCGGACCGACACCUGGACCAGGACGCACCGGAGCCCAGACACCGGACCGAUCCAAGGAUCGAUCACAUAGCAGCGAAGCAUGGGGAACCUGAUCAAGGUGUUAACCAGAGACAUCGACAACAAUGGUGGAAACUUCUUCCUGGACUUUGAGAACGCUCAGCCCUCCCAGUCGGAGACGGCGGUGUGGGAGGAGGUGAACCAGGUGCUGACGGAGGCGCGACUCGUCCUGGAGGACCUGCAGGCGUACCGAGGAGCCGGGGAGGAGAUCAGACUGGCCAUCCAGAGCCCCGGGGUGGAGGGCGUGCAGGAGAAGGCCUGGGCCGCCGUCGUCCCUCUGGUCGGGAAACUCAAAACCUUCUACGAGUUCUCACAGAAGCUUGAGUCCGGCCUGCGCCUCCUCCUGGACGUCCUCUCCUGCUCCGGUUCGACUCCCACUCAGCAGCUGGAGCAGAAACAGGCGCUGGCUCGUCAGUUCGCCCACAUCCUGCACUUCACACUGCGAUUUGACGAGCUCAAGAUGACGAACCCGGCCAUCCAGAACGACUUCAGUUAUUACCGGAGGACAAUCAGCCGCAUGAGGAUCAACAACUUGUCUGGUGAUGCAGGAAACGAAGUCAACAACGAGCUGGCCAAUCGGAUGUCUCUGUUCUACGCCAGCGCCACGCCCAUGCUGAAGACGCUGAGCGAUGCCACGUCAAAGUUCGUCUCAGAGAAUCCAGACGUCCCGAUCGAAAACACAACGGACUGUCUGAGUACGAUGGCCUGCGUGUGUAAAGUGAUGCUGGAAACUCCGGAGUACCGCAGUCGUUUCACCAGUGAGGAGACGGUGCUGUUCUGCCUGCGUGUGAUGGUUGGCGUCAUCAUCCUGUACGACCACGUUCACCCAGCCGGAGCCUUCGUCAAGACCUCCAAUAUAGAUAUGAAAGGCUGCAUCCGAGUGCUGAAGGAGCAGCCGCCCAGCAGUGUGGAGGGAUUACUGAACGCUCUCAGAUACACGACCAAACAUCUGAACGACGAGGCGACCUCCAAGCAGAUCAAAAACAUGUUGCAGCCAAAUUAACUCGAGCUUCUUCAGCGGAACUGAAACUGGAACGAUGCAGGAGACGCAAAGUGUUGUGGUCCAAAUUUCAAAAGAACUACUGAACAAACGUUUAGCUAAUAUUUCUGUGUUUUAACCUCAUAUGUUGUUAUUUUGUUGUUGUUUUUUACUCUCAUUUGCUGUUUUUUUUUUGUAGUUGUAGAAGAAAAGAGAAACCAAAGCCUUUCAGUUGGUUGAUCCAAGAGAAGAUGUAAAGAUCGGCUCGAGCUGCAUUCACGUCGCAUCACAUUUACAACAAAAACUAUAUUUUAUUUUUAUUCUGCAACAUGUCCGUCUGGACUUCUGAUGGACGUGAAGGCAGCUUUCACAAUAACUUUUUUCAAGAACCCAGGAACUUUACACCAGAGGAACUUUGCUCUGGUUUCACUCCUCGAGUCACAGUUCUACCUCAGAAAAAAGUCUCUGUGGCCGAGGUCCCACUCUCCCUGGACCGAGCAGCAUUUAGUGGUCGAUCUGAAAGGAAAACUCCACUUCGUUACCAUUUGUAAUAAUAAUUGAUUGAUAUUUUAACUUUCUCUUCCGGUUUGUUUCCAGCCGUCUGAUCAUCUCACUUUUUCACGUUUAUAUCAGAAAAGAAAAGUUGUAAGUCGACGUAAAGGACUCGGGUCAGGUUUGCUGCCUGCAGAAUCAUUUUCAACAUUUAAACUAUAGAACAGUUGUUUAAAUUACAAACCUUUUGAAUGUGAGAUGUAGUUUGGAAACUACUUAUUUUUUAUUUUAAGCUUGGGCUAAAUGUGUCACUUUUGUGUCUUUUCAAUCUAAUCAAUAAUCAGAUUUCAGAGCAAAACUGCUGACAAUGCAAUCAGAAAAUGUUAAAUACAUUUGCAAAAACAAAACUUUUAGAUUUAUAAACAAAACUUUUAGAUUUACAAACAAAACUUUUGGAUUUAUGAACAAAACUUUUAGAUUUGCAAACAAAACUUUUGGAUUUACAACCAAAGCUUUUAUAUUUGCAACAAAACUUUCAGAUUCACAAACAACUUUUAGAUUGACAAAACAAAACUUUUGGAUUUACAAAACAAAACUUUCAGAGUUACAAACAAAACUUUUAGAUUUAUAAACAAAACUUUAAGAUUUUCAACAAAACUUUUGGAUUCACAAACACUUUUUAACCUACAAAAACACAUUUUUAAUCAUAACAUUUUUAUUUGCAGUUAAACACUUUCUGAUUGCAGAGUUGAAAGUUUUGCUCCCAAAUCUUUAAUAAUAAAGGCACAACGCUGCAGAGAGUCAGUCACACACGCCUGAAGAAGUUCCUGGGUGCUUGAAUGAACAGUUCCUUUGGUUUCUGGAUUAUUUGGUGGGAAAAAGGGUAAAAACUCUCAGUAGCCAGUUUGUUGCUGGUAAAUUGAAACAGUUUGUUUUUUUGUUGCCCUUUUGGGGGAAACUCCGUGCAGCAGGCGAACCGGUCGGCCUGGAAGUCUUUUCUCUUGCAAAAAGUGUCAGAAAACACCUGAAACAGAAAUCUCACCUCUGUGCUGUUUGUACAAGUCAGCCUCCAGGUGUAACAUGUUCUUCAGCUCAUGUGGUGCAGGAUGGGCUCAGUGCUGCCCCCUGAGGCCGGAGGGCUCAGGGGGCAGCACCCCUAACUAACUAAUACCCCUAACUAAUGUUGGAAAAGACACCAGGCGUCGGAUACAGCACUAGAAAACAACAAUUUUGGUGCUAAUUAUUUUCAAUUUUGAAAGAAUUAAAAAAGAGGAAAUUAAACAUUUUUAAUGAACUAUUCAAAAAGUUUUAUUAACUUCAGUCACUCUCCUGAAAGUUUCUCAGAUCAAACAGAGAAUCAAACUGUAUCCACAUUUUCAUCACAUAGGUUUUCAUUAUUUUAACCUUAGUUUUGUUUUUGCAGUUAUGUCGUCCUAAAAACUCGCCAUUUGAUUUAAUAAGCGGUAUGAUUUUGAGUUUACGGCUGUCAUAAAGUGACUACUGAGAGGAGCAGGUCUCACUGUGCGGUACUGAACGAGGGGAACCUCAGACUGAGAGAUCAGCUGGUGGACCGCUCACUGGAAACUUUUACAUUUUUAUUUUUAUUUGCUCUGUGUGACUGAAUGGCAUUAAAUGUUUUAAUGAUGUUUGUGUUGGCCAAAUAAAGUUUUUACAUUUUUAAGAAAAA